UCUCCUCGUAGGAACCCAGUUUCAAAGAACGUGAGGAAGUGUUUGCUGUAACGGCUGAAAUCGAAGUUAACAAAGAGCAUUCAAGUUUGCAUCAUGCGAGAGAAGACGUCAAACCCGCUAUCCACGCCCUUGCAUAUGCAAGUCUUUGAUGCCUGACGUUCAUUGGAGAUGUGCUGGCAGAUUCUCAGAAUGAAUUUUCAUAGUGGGGUUGGUGGGUGAGGGGGGUGAUUCACUUCUUCAUGUCAUCUGCCUGGUGGUUACUUCCUUUCGGAAAGAAAGAUUCGGAUGUUACGUGCUACAAAAUAAUCUUGGUCUGGGUAUCAUCGACUCUGUUCAUUAGACAAACUUUGAGGAAUUGAGAUGGCUUCGUUGUGGUCGGCUUUCGUUAGCUACUUUUCAGCAGCACCAGCUGGAACUUUGUCAAGGCAUAGCUAUGCGGAAGCGGAGAGGAUUGUUCUUGAGGUGCUUGAUAUUUAUAAGCAGUUGAAAGCUAUGAAAAGUUUGAAACCUUGUGAUGAAGUUGAUGGGCUGUUUGAGAGGCUGGUGGAUCACUCUAUCUUGAACAGAUAUUCUGAAGUGACGGACUUGGUUCUACAAGAUCCAAAGCUACUUGAAAUCAGAUCAGACUUGAGAAAGGUUUGCGAUGUCGCAGAGUGCUGUCUUGAGUUCCAUUGGGCAGACAUCAUCAUUGGCCAAGGAGAGUCAUCUCCAGAAGAAGUUUUCAACCGUCUAAAACUCUUCCCAUACUUUGAGAACUAUGUCGAUCUCACCAAACUCGAGCUAUCCGCCAUCUAUGGCGUCCGACAAGAGACGUCACCAAUCUCAAGAGUUGCCUUUCUCGGAUCUGGACCGUUGCCUCUUACCAGUCUCUGUUUAUGUGGAGUUGCUGGAGAUCCACUUCAGCUACCUGGAAUUACUGCACCUCCAAUAUCUGUACUCAAUAUCGACAUUGACACUUCGGCUAUCUCAAAAUCGAAAGUAUUGUGCGAGAAGCUCGGCGAUAGAGGAAAGCGGAUGGACUUCAUUUGUUCGGAUGCAAGGAAUCCAGAUAUUGACUUGACAGAAUUCGAUGUUGUGUACCUGGCUGCUUUAGUGGGAAGCACUCAGAAGGAGAAAGAAGAGGUACUUGUGGAUGUGGUCUCGAGGAUGAGUGAGAAUGCUUUGUUGGUGAUUAGGAGUGCUGAUCGAUUACGGAGACUUCUGUAUCCGGUAUUUGACCCCAGCAGUGAGACGGUCACGAAGUAUCUGGAUAUUUGUGCUGUGGUACAUCCAUAUAAUCAUGUCGUGAACUCGGUGGUUAUUGGGAGGGUUAGGAGACGAGAGAUGGAAAGGAUUCAUUGCAAGUUGUGAAGAUAAUGAGAUUCUUAUGCAUAGCGUUGAGGUGGCUUCAGACUUAUGGGCAAC